AACGUAGUACAACUAGUCCUGGGUUGUUUUUACCUUUUUUGGGAUGCCACGCAUGCAACUACUGUUAUAGGAGCUGCAAAUUCAUUACUACUGUUAUAGGAGCUGCCUGGCUAUUCAUUACUAUUGCUAGGGAUUCAAAAUUUUCACCCAAAAUGUCGCCCAUGAUCCAAUUUUUUUUUCUUUUCUUUGUUGUUGAAACCGACUCCCCUGGUACUUCCAGUCAGCUGACAGCACUUAAUCGACAGACACUCAUACUCAUACUUGACCGGUUAACCCAAAAUCUGCAGCAAGACCUAAAAUAAAGUCGACAAACUUUUUGUCGGAAGUGCAACAAGGCAUAUUUAUAACAAUAAAGUCAGAUGGCGAGUUGGCGACCAUACUACCCGCUACAAAGCCCACGAUUGUUCUAGAGGAAGAAAUACCUUUCCAUCUUCUUUAAAGCCCUAAAGCUCUUAACUGGAAGGAGGAAUCUACCCUAAUCAGAAAAAAAAGAAGCAGAGGGAGGAAUCUAAAACAGGCGUUAUUAAGGGUAAAAUCAAAGAAGAACAUAUUUCCAUGGCGGAUGCAUGUAUGGAGCUUCUUGGUCGUUUUUUCUAUCUUUUGCAGGAGAAUUAUCCACAAGUUGCAGCUGGAGAUCAAACAACAAUGAAACCAGUGCAAGUACUUCAAGCAGGCGAGAGAACUGUCCUUGUGAAUUUUAUGGAUCUAUGCAAAGUGAUGCAUAGAGAAGCAGAGCACGUUAUGGAAUUUUUGUUUGCUGAAAUGGGAAUAAGUGGGUCUUUAGAUGGACAGAAAAGGCUGGUUAUUGAAGGAAAGUUUGCUGCCAAAGUUAUUGAAGGGAUUCUUGAAAAAUACAUAAAUGAAUAUGUCAAAUGCAAUGAUUGCAAUACUCAUGAAACUGAUCUAUUGAAGGAGAUCUCUGUCAAAUGCAAGCUGUGUGGCUCAGAGCAAUCAGUUGCUCCUGUCAGAGGCUGAUAUUGUUUCUCAUGUUCUCGUCUAUGUGCAUGCUGAGUACAUAUUUGGUUUAGCUCCUCAAUAAUAUUGAAAUACUAUUGUGUUUAUUUUCAGUAAUACAAUGCAAAUCGAAGACAGUCAUAGAUAGCACUUGUAGCCAGGGAACAUAUUAAGGGUGAUUACAUAUUGAGAUUGGUGAAGAGAAGCCCAGCGAUAGAAGCUGAAAUAGCAAAGGUAGUCAAUAUACUGUUCAUGUAUAUUUCUCUGAAUGCACUACUGCUUUUCAAUGUACUUCCUGUAAAACCUGCACAACAUAUUCAAAUAGGAAUUCAGACUUCAAA